UCUUAUACAACAUACACCAUCUUUUCUCCAGGAAGACGCAACAAGUACUUCCGGGUAAGCUGAGUUGUGGUGACCUUGGUCGGCUGAUCAUCAUGGCGGCGCUCUGCAGGCUAACUUCUGUUUGUCGAAAAGGAGUUCCACCUCUCUUCUAUCGCAGUACCUUCCUGGCAAGGCCGUUGGUUGCAUCACAAAAACAACAGGAGCAGACUUACCUGCUCACUGCAAGGAUUCAUGCAUCCCAGACCCUGAAUGCGAGUUCUGGCUCUCAAGCCGCCUCUCGGCACUGGACAGCUGAGCGAGUGCUGAGCAUCCUGCUGCUGGCCAUGGGGCCUGUGGCGUAUUUUCAUCCUGGCCCUGCGAUAGAUUAUUCUCUGGCUGCUGCACUCACCCUACAUGGACACUGGGGUCUGGGGCAGGUGUUGACAGAUUAUGUCCACGGAGACGCCAAAGUCAAGGUCGCCCAUGCGGGUCUCUUCCUCCUGUCCACGGUCACUUUUGCUGGCCUUUGUUACUUCAACUACAAUGACGUGGGCAUCUGCAAAGCCAUCGCCUUGCUUUGGAGCAAAUGAAAGUGUUUGUGGACUGGGAAGCUCUGGCAGAAUGACCCAAACGUAUUUAAUAUCAAUCUAAUGAAGAUAUACUUUUGACAUUGUGUAUUUUAUGGUUCAGCCAAUUCGCUCACCUGCAUGGCUAUCUUCUUAACCGUCACUGUCUAGGUCUAUAUUACGUACCAUGUCAUAUGACUAUCCUGACAUAUUUUCAACAAAACGUACAUCACAGUGGUCCUGCCUGACAUCGAAUUUAUGAUUUCCGUCAUUAGGGUUCUAUUUAUGAACGAUUUUCCAAAUGUAUUUCCAGUGUACUAUAAUUUGUACAUACUUUCUGCUUCCUAAUCCAUCCAAGGAACAAUUUAAUGUCAGUGUUUCCCCCUACCAUUAUACAUGGGGGGGACCCAGGGAGAAGUGAUUGUAUUGAUUAAAUUGCACGUCUUUAUUUUGACUUUGUGGACUCGCAGUAUUUGUAACCGUGCAGAAUCGACUGCAACGACAUGCAGAUGCAUGUGUGUCGAUUAUCAACCCGAGCCACGCGCACCCCAAAAUGUAACUAGGGAAACACCGGACAUGAUGUUAAUGUGCCCAGUGCGGCAAAAGUUGAAUAUUGCCUUCUGCCAACAAAUCACAAGAUUUUUUUUCUCUGUUUCACCCAAUCACUAAGUCGGCAAACAAUAUCAAAGCUUUGGAAAGUAAACUUUUUAUUUUCACCACUGGC